UGUAUUUCAGUUCAUCGCUUUGGAUCAUAUAGUUUACUUGUGUUUCUAAGAUUCUAUCGACUUGAAAAAGAUCAGAAUUAAAAAAAGUGGCGGGAGCUCGUUAUUUAAAGAAGAUUUUUUUCUAUCAUAAAUAUUAUCAACAAUGAAGGAAGCUAAUGUGAAUCGUGCGAUCAUAUUCGCUAGUUUGGUUGGUAUAUUGGUAUCCACUUACGCCAUGUACGUGGAGCUGGUGGCAGAUUUGAAGCCAGGAUACAAAGCUUUGUGCGACAUAUCUGAACACGCUAGUUGUUCCAAAGUAUUAACAUCCAAGUACGCCAAGGGUCUGGGCCUCGUGUCGCAGGACUCACUGUUCAAAGUGCCUAAUUGUGUAUAUGGGAUUAUCUUCUUUUGUAUUAUAAUUUUUUUGAGUACAUUCAACAAGAUUUCUGUUGUAAGACUCCUACUGUGUCUAUCUGCGGUCUCGCUGCUAACUUGCGUCUAUUUAGCUUACCUUUUGAUUUUCGUAUUGCGUGAUUUCUGCAUUGUUUGUGUUUCCACUUACUUUAUCAAUGCUGCAAUCGCAUUUUUUCUGAACAAAAAACACGCUUUAUUGUGCGCUAAAAAAAGUAUUUAAACUUGUUGAUUGAUUUUAUUAAUGCAUGUACUAUUCUGAAUGGUCUCAGAAACAUUCCCGUGUAUUUAGAAUAUACUUGUAACGCCAUCUACACUAAUUCAUACAAAUACUCAUUUUGUAACAGUGACAUCUUCUGAUAAUACUUAACAUUGUUCAAUACCUCCAUUACGCAAAAGAUGGCGCUGGCCGUAUAUAAACAAUUUUAACACAAAUUAUUACCCUUAAAAAUUAUUUAAUUUUGUUAAAAGUUGUGUUACAAGUUGAGUAUUCGUUAAAAACAGUAAUAUAAAAUAUAUUAUA